GAAGAUUCAUACUAAUAGCAAUCAUUAAUCAUUUGAUUGAAUUCAUGGUGAAAUUGAUCAAAAUAUCUUAGUGGGUAUUUAAUGGAAAAAUUCACUGAAGUAAAGAAGAGAAUAGGAUAUACCCAUUCCUACAAUUCCCACCAUUUUUCCUAUCACAUUUCCCUUUUUUGUACACUCUCACUACAUUUCUAGGGUUACCGUUAAGACAAUCCACGUACGAAGCCCUAUCCAAUGCCAUUCCGAUGAAUCCCUUCCAAUCCUCACCGGAGCCAUGCGACUGUUGCGGCUUCACACCGACAACCUCUCUCUUCCUCCACACUAUCACCUACAGAGCCAUCAACCGUCGUUUCUGCACAAACUGCGUUCUCAAACAACAACAAGGCACUUUUUGCCCUAUUUGCUUCGAACUCUUCGACGAUACUUUCCUCCCUAAUCUUCACAUCAUGUGUAUCCGUUGUCCUUCAAUUGCUCAUCGAUCUUGUGUUCUUCCUUCGUCCACGCCGGAUUUCGCUUUCCUUUGUCCUCCUUGCGCCGAUCCUAAUUUCUCUUACUUCAAAAUUGAUCGGAGUGGUAUUGAUUUUCAUGCUAAUAAGGUUCUUGCGGCGGCCGCGCAGAUUUCGGCGAAUACUUUGACUAGAUCGGCUGCUGCGAUUCGGUUGGAUGCUGAGAGAAGAGCUAUGGUUGCGGUUGGAGCUAGGAAGAGAGCUGUUGAAGCGUUGGAGCUUUUUGCUGAUGUGGUUGCGCAGGUGCAAGAGGCUGGUUCGACGGAGCAUGAGGAUGAUUCUGAUGCAGAUUGUGGAAAAUAGCGUUUGUACAAAUUCUACUAUGCUACAGGCUGCAGCUUGCCGCGAUAGCGACUAUUUGACAACACUUUGUACUAAGGAGCGUAUCACAGAGUAAAAGGGAUUUGUUCAAAUUCUGCUAUGAUAUAGUGUUAUGGUGCCACUAUCUGACAACACCGAAUCUAGGGCACAGCUACCUUAGUAUAAAUACUUAGAAAACACAUGCAUAAGAAAAUAAAAUUCUCUAGUCUACACAAACAUGUUGUUACUAAGAAACUGGACUAGAAAAAUGUUCAACAGUCAUAUCAUAGAUCUAGACAUGUCUAUGAAGAUCAUACUUUUAUGGUGUUUGUUUCAUUAUUUAUCUGCUUGUUGUUACUGAAAAAAACAGC